UAAUCCUCAUUUGUUUUAUUCUAGGCCUGCAGUCUCUCAGUUCACCCGGCCGUCUACAAAAAGCUCUGCUGUCUUUAAGCUAACGUCCUCUGAUUGGCUGCCCCUCACCAACAGACUAUUCUAGCAGAGACUGGGCGGGGCUUGUGUGCUCACAGCGCUGUCUGUAGUCACACUGAGACUGGACUGGGUUUGUGAAUAACUGUGUUUCUGCGCAUAGUUAGUUAGUUAAUCGCUGAAUUCAUGUAACUGGUCCCAUUUAAGGAAUGCAUCAUGGUGGUUUUGAACACUGCUGUUAGUUCCAUCACGUGUUUGUGUUCAAACUGAGUAUGUAACAGCAGCAGUGAGGGGGCCUCAGCAGCCUGACAUCAGAUAUUACAAACUGCUCAAAGGGAGCACGAGACUAGUCUGGGUGAGUUUGAACUCAUGUGUUUCUCAGAUAUAAUGGAUGAUUCAAACAUAGGCCACAGGCACUGUCGGUUUUAUUAAUGCCGUAGGUUAACAUUACUGGAAGCGUCUUUGUCUUAGCGGGACAUGAGGAUUGAUGCUGCUUUGUAGGACACCUGUGAGGCUGGAGCCAGUAGCUGGUUAGCUUAACCUGAGCACAGGAAGUUUUUAAAAAACAAAAAAACAAAAAACAUUAUAGUGUCCUGCUAGCUGCUGUCUAAAUCUGGAGCCUGAUGGAGAGGCCUAAAUUUCAAGUCAGACUUGAAGCUGCUGUUGCACACAGGGAGCCUCUAACCUGGCCCAUCGCUCCCGAUGGCUACAUCCCCAACUCUGUGAUCCGCAGCCGGAGGAGGAAGGGCAAGAAACUUUGGGAUGACAGCUUCUUUCAUGGUCAACGAACGGAUGAAUGCACCACAGGUUACAAGCAGGAUAAAAUCACAGAUUAUUUAUGGUUCCAGACUGAAAAUGAGAAAGAAGGUGAGCUGAAAAGAAAGAAGAGCGGACCAGAAGAUGAGAGGACAAGGAAAGAAAGUAAAAAAAUAGGCUGGCAAGGACGUGACGAUACAAAGGAAGAAGAAACAGAGAAGAAGACAGAAAAGGAAGCUGAAAAAGCUCAAGAAAAGCUGGAGGUGAUGAGAAAGAAAAAAACUGAUGCAAAGAAAGAAAAUGGCAAAGACGAGACGGAGAAGUUUAUCCAGACUGCGAGUCCUGUGAACGAACAACCGAAACCCUCUGAGGACGCUAAUGUGGCGCCUCAAAAGCAAGCAGAUGAUCCAACAAAUGCUCCGGACUUCCUACCAACUUCCUGUGAUGAGAAGAGAAGCAAACCUGUGAGAGAGCUGAAGACAGAAAUGGAGCUCUGUGAAGUCAUUCCCAAAGUGAAUGAUGUGAGUGAAGAGAAGGACGAGGGGCAGCCCGACCAAACAGGAAAAAGGAAAGAGAGCGAGCAGGAGAAAACAGCCAGAGCCGAAACAGCCAGAGCCGAAACAGCCAGAGCCGAAACAGCCAGAGCAGAAACAGCCAGAGCAGAAACAGCCAGAGCAGAACGACCAGAGCUGCAAAAUGAAACCUACUCCCCACUGGUGGCUCCAGAGGAUCCUCAACCACAACCAGAACCGUCACCAAUCAAGGAUCAAAGGUUCCUCCUUUUCUCACACAAAUAUGACAGCAUAGCUAACCGUGUGCAGGCUGGCCUCGACGACAGAGUGCUGGCCCUCUACAAGAACUUCAAAGUCUUCAGAAAGAACUUGCCACAUCUUGGAAAACUCUCUGUCCCCACUGAGCACCGUCCUUACCCUACACAGUCCCGCUGCUCUACACUUCAGGCUAAUGCUGCUGAGAGCAGUUUGAAAGGUGGACUGUAUAGCUCCCCUCCCCAUGUGCCCUCACAGUCCAUAGUUCAGGCCACUUGUCUGGGGGGAAGUCUAAGCAGUGACUUGGGUGGUGACCCAACAUUUAAUAGUACAGUGUCCACUGCUCAGAUUCAGGGCUGCACACAGCUGCCCCAAACCUCGGGACCAAGCAUGACUGAGUGGAGAACCAACCUGUACAAACUCAUCUCUGUGCAUGGAUUCCAGUCUGCACGGGCAGCACGCUUACACGCCUCAAAGCACGCACACACGUUUCCUACUGACGUGCAGCUUGUGACAGAUUUUCCCCCACUGCAGCCUCAGCUGGCAGCAGCACAUCAGAGGGUGGUUCAGAAGAUCAAGCUGAAAGACUCCGUGGAGACAGCCGGCGGUUGCUUCUACCGUAUCAUUCCAAUGGCUUCCCAGCACAACUUUCUCACUGCACAGCUCUGUGGGAAGGCCCGGUAUGGACUCCUGGAGUUUGAUUGGACGAGGGGAUGUGAUGAAGAAAGUGUGCUCAGGGUGUCAUCGCUCGAGUCGAGCGACCACAGAGCGGAAGAUUAAAACUGUGAUUGUCACAUUAAACGUUAACAUAAUAU